CGAACGUGCAGACAGACUUGAUUGCAUGUAUUUUUUUUAUUCCGUUUAAUAGCGCGAUAACUUUGUCUAGUUUCCUCUUCAUCAUUGUCUUAAAAUAUGUCUGCAUUAGAUGUCACCGUAUUUCCAAAAGACUUUGCGUGGGGAGCUGCGACUGCUGCUUAUCAAAUAGAAGGAGGCUGGAAUAUGGAUGGUAGAGGCCCCAGCGUAUGGGACACAUUCUGUCACGUCAAAGGACGGGUGUUUGAAGACCAUAAUGGAGAUGUAGCCUGUAACAGCUAUCAGCUCUGGAAAGAGGACCUGAAAUGUAUCCAACAGCUUGGUCUCACCCAUUACCGUCUGUCCAUAUCCUGGUCACGGCUCCUUCCCGAUGGAACCACAAAUCAUGUCAAUCCAAAAGGUGUGGCGUAUUAUAACGAAGUGAUCGACGACUUGAUUGCUUGUGAUGUGACGCCCAUGAUCACAUUGUACCACAUGGACUUACCUCAGGCCUUACAGGAUCUUGGCGGAUGGAACUCGGCAGAUAUUGCAGACAUCUUUGAAAGUUAUGCCAGGUUUUGCUUUAAGACCUUUGGAGACAGAGUGAAGCUCUGGAUCACACUGAACGAGCCCUAUAUUUGUGCCAAGCUGGGUCAUGAGGAUGGCACCUUUGCCCCUGGGAUCAAAGAUCCAGGAAUAUCAGUCUACUUGGCGGGACAUAACAUGCUGCGUGCCCACACCAAAGCCUGGCAUACUUAUAAUACUCAUUUCAGGCCUUUACAAGGAGGGCAAGUGUCUCUUGCCCUGAACAGUGACUGGGCAGAGCCGUUGAACCCGGACUGUCCUAAAGAUGCUGCAGCCACUGAGCGCUACAAGGACUUCACUCUGGGCUGGUUUGCCUGCCCUGUGUUUUGCACAGGAGAUUACCCAGAGUCCAUGAGAUUCAGGAUUGAGAAUAGGAGCUUGGAUCUGGGAUACAAGCAGGGCUCUCGGCUGCCACACUUCUCAAAGGAAGAGCCCACUCCUUUGGGCACAGCGGAUUUCUUUGCACUAAACUAUUACACCUCUCGGAAAGUCAAAGAUCUAAGUAGUGCUGGUAAGAACAACAAGCUCAGUUUUGUGGGGGAUCAGGGGGCAGAGGGGGUUGUUGACCCGUCAUGGCCCAUAUGUGGGGUUCACUGGUUGGCUGUUGUUCCUGAUGGAUUGCGGAAAUUGCUGAAAUAUAUAAAGGACACAUAUUCCAGUCUGCCCAUCUAUAUCACUGAAAAUGGCUUUUCGCAGAUGGGGCCGGUUCAGAUAGAAGAUGCCGACCGCUCUCAGUUCUAUCAGGACACUCUGCAGGAAGUUGGCAAAGCUAUCAGUCAAGAUGGAGUGAAUGUAAAGGCAUAUUUUGCCUGGUCACUGCUGGAUAACUUUGAGUGGAAUGAUGGCUUCAAUGUGCGCUUCGGCUUGUUUCAUGUGGAUUUCUCUACGCCUGAACUAAAACGCACCAUAUACCGCUCAGGUAGAGAGUAUGCUGCUGUCAUAUCCAAACAUCGCUCUCAGACCAAACCCAAGAGAAUUGAACAUUACUAAGAAACGAAAUCAACAUUAAAUUACACAUGAAGAAACGGCAUCAGGAAAUGUCUAAUGAAAAUGCAGUAAUUCUAUUUUUUGCUGCCUAAAUAAUGAUGAGCCUAACUGGUUACACUACAGUGUUGCUUGCUGUAAAAUCGAGUGAGUCAUUAUCAUUAAAUCGAAGUUGGACUUAAGUCCUUUAGCUGAGGGUUCUUGAACAUUUAGUAUGAAGCAUGAGCAAGAAAAUCAAGGUUUCAGAUCUAGUGUUUUGUUGAUAAAUGCUGCCUCUGUGUGGCCAAAAAUGGUAUUAAAUUUGGAACAGCAUUUUGUGCUGGUAUAUUGGCUGGGAUUGCUUUAUGCGAGUUCUACAGUCAUUUCAUUACACUCUCCUAAUGGUGUAAAAUGAGAAUGUUCAUGAGAUAUUAACAUAACAGGUUGUAGUAAUUUUACAUGCAAACUGAAGUGUCAUUAACUGGAUUGCACAUGUAAUUACCAUUGGAAAUGAGGGAAUGCUGAAUCUAACCGCAGCCCUAAACUCCCAAGGGAGUAAAUGGCUGAAAAAAUUAGCGUUCUGUUCUAAUUAUUCACCCAGGAACAGCCAUUAUUGCAUCCUAUAAACGAAUAAUAUGAGAUCACAAAUCGUAUUUGAUUGUAUUGUUUGAAUUCUUAUAAUCAGAGCUCAAGUGAAUUAAGCAACAAUAGAAGCUAUUUUUAAUCCUCAUGUUCCAGUCAGGCUGGCAAAUACAUUUUUAUACAGGUUUCUUGACUGUAAAUUAGUGUAUUUAAUUGUAACAUUCAAUCACCUCCACUGAUGGUCAAUUAUACAGAUGUCAAAUUAAUGGAGGCACAUUUUUAUUGGAACAUACUUAUAUUUUGACACACUUAUGAAAAAUUCAGCAACAAGGGAACUCAUUAGAUUAAUAUAAAUUAACUGAAUAAUUUAGCUGCUAAUUAACUAUUUCCAGUAUGAAGUAGAUUACAUUCAAAACCUAGAACUUGUGUCCUAGAACAGGGUUCCCACGAUUAAAACCUGGAAAUAUCAUUAAAUAUUUGUGAAUUCCAGCCUGGAAAAAGUCACGGCAAUUAGCAAAACGAUUUUUGGUUACGCUCACAUAUUUCAUUGGGUAUAAAAAUAGCUUUUUGUGAGUGCAUUCUCUAUAGUUACUUUUAAAAAUCCUUAUUUAUUAAAUAUGAACAACUAAAUAAUUAAUGGAAAUGCACUGGUCAAGAAGUGUGGGAACCCUGCUAGACAAGCGUCCUAUAGAUUUCAGCGUCAGUGACAGUAUGUGUUAAAUGAUAUGGCUCCGGUGUUGGCGGCAGAAGCCAGCAGGGAGUGAAAGACGGGCGAAACAGAAAGAUGUAGAAACGGAGAUACCCUGUGAGAUAAAGGCAGUCUCAAUGAAUAAACCACAGAAGAAGAAAAACAAAGCGUGUAUGCGAGAUAAUCCAUUUCAAAGUGCCUUACCUAAUAAAGUCAGAUGUUGAAUUCAGCACUCCUGAUGAUGCAAGUGUUACAUUUGGUCAUUUUGAUAUCAUAAUGCAUCUAUAGGCCAGUAAUCACAUUAUAAUACCACAAUGAAUAGAUGCAGCACCAAAUGUAACAAUACACCAAUAAUUGAUGUUUUAUGUAAUUACAAUACUUGAAUGAAGAACCUCAUGAGUGACUGAAUGCUUCCAAUCAAAUAAAUAUUUGUCAAAUAAACAUGACUUGAGGCCUUCCUCGAAUUGACCAAUUUCUACAAUAUAGGAUUAUUAAUUUACAUUUAUAUUUCUGAAUCAACAUGCACCAAUGCCAAUUUUUCUAUAUAUUGAAAUCAUUAUGUUCAGAAUCAAUGAGCUCAUUGUUUAAACGAAUACAUGAUGUUAGCUAACUGCGUGAUUUGUAUAUGCACAUUUCUGAAAUGCAUAACUUGGACACAGUCACCUCUGAUAACAGAUCGCUUUAAAUUGUAAUUCAGACGCAUGCAUUUUCUGUAAAGCUGCUCUGAAACAAUAUGUAUUGUGAAAAGCGCUAAUAAAUGUGAAUUUAAUUGAAUAUAUAAUUCUAAUAAAUAAUAGAGCCUUUGCUG